UAUUGAGGUUGCAUCCUCUUCCCCCUUCCCUCCCCCUCGCUCCUCGCCCAUCUCCCGCAUCCGCAGUGCCACUAACUUGCCUUCCUCCCCCUCCAAAAAGAAAAAAAGAUAAAAAACAGAACUGGUCUUGGCGUGUUACCGGUACUCUUAUUCGCUCCUUUAACUGGACCUAUUUCCUCUCCCUUCGUCUUGACAUUGGUCCAUCACAAGUUUUUCGGAGCUGCUCAUAUAAUCCGCCGGAUUCGAUUCAAUACGUCGAGAAUGGCUUCCGAUGCAGAGAAAACCGCCCCCUUCCCAAAGGAAACUGUCGCUAGGGUCGUGGGCCAAGGCGCUAACGUGGGCGACUUCGACGAUGCUCGCCUCUCUGGAUUGGGCUACAAACCUGAGCUUCAAAGGAAGUUCACUCUCCUUUCCUGCUUGGCUGUUGGAUUCAGUGUAUGCACUCCCCUUAAUUUUACCACCAUUGCCGUUAUUAUCAUACAGCUGGAAGCGAGGGGUUGAUCCGGAAACAAAAAUUCUAGAUUUCGAAUAGUUGGUUUGCCGUUACUGGUGCGCUCGCUACUGGGAUUGGUAAUGGGGGUGCCUCGAUUUACAUGUACGGGGCAAUUCUCGUUGCAUUGGUUCAUGUUUGUAUCGGAGCUAGUCUGGGAGAGUUGGCCAGUGCUUAUCCGAACGCUGGUAGGUUCCAGCGUCCUGCGCAUUCCUCGAACGUGAAUAGUUUUGCUGAUUGUUCAGGUGGUCAGUACUAUUGGGUAAUCAGGCUUGCUCCCAAGGGAUGCAGAGCUUUCUUAGUACGUUUGUUUUCCCGCCUUUUUGCACGCUUUAGCUUUCGCCGCUGUGGCACCGUGGCGCUCAUGACAAGGGCCUCGCAGCCAAGGCGGGAACUGGUGACGACCGCAAUGGUGGAGUUUUAAUAACUUUCUUUUCGGGGAUUAGUCCUAUCUCACUGGGGUUGCUGCAUGGGCUGGUGCCAUGAUCACUGGAGCUUCUGUAGCUCUUGUUAUCGGCCAGGGAGUCGUGGGGAUUAUUAUUCUUUGCAGGCCUGAGGUGUGUGACGCUGUUUUAACCCCGUACAGAAAAUUGGAUUUAAGGUGCUGACUAUGAUCCAGGUCGUCUACAAGCAAUGGAUGGGGUUUGUCGGUUAUCAGAUUGCCAACAUUCUAGUCUUCUUUCUAAACUGCUCCAACCGCUUCCUCCCGGGACUGAAUAAGGCCAGCCUUUACAUCUCGCUGAUAAGUUUCCUGGCAAUCACUCUUGCGGUUUUGAUCGCCUCUCCGAAAAAGGCUUCUGCGGAGUAUGCAUCAACUGCCUCAUUUGCUUCUUUAGACGAUAUGUACGUAUGAUGAUACUGAUGUGGUCGUGCGACAGGUCUGUUUUCAGAUCUUAUACCAAUAGUUCUGGCUGGGACAAUGAUGUAGUCGCUUGGAUUCUCGGUCUUCUUGGAGUCAAUUGGGGAUUCUCGUGCCUGGAUUCAUGCGUCCAUAUGGCAGAAGAGAUACCGCAUCCGGAAAAGAACAUUCCUAGGGCCAUUAUGGGCACCGUGGCAAUCGGCUUUAUUACGUCCUGGGUUUACAGCAUAGCUAUCUUCUUCUCUAUGCAGGACAUUCUUAGCGUGAUUGCUACUCCAACUAUGGUACCGAUCCUGGAAUUGUUCCGGCAAGCGCUUAGGGGAAACAUCCCAGGAGCAGUGUUUCUGGAAGUGCUCGUCGUUCUCACUGCUAUUGGAUGCUUAAUGAGCAUUCAUACAUGGCAGAGCCGUUUGGUUGGUUAUUCUUGAUUUCUCCAGGGUUUGGGCUGAUGAUAGGAUAUAGCUGUGGAGUUUUUCUAGGGACAGGGGAUUUCCCUUCUCCUCUUAUCUUGCCGUUGUCGCUGGCGCACCUUUUUCCGUUCCCCUCUGGUCUCAUCUCUUCUCGUGCUUCUGGAUUGCUGUGCUCGGCAUCCUCUACUGGGUCUCCACCACAGCCUUCUUCUCUCUCCUCACCGGCGGUAUUCUCAUGCAGUACAUAUCUUAUAUGAUCCCGGUGUCUCUUCUUCUCAUUGGAGGCCGUCGGAUACCGAUCCCUGGGCCAUUCUACAUGGGUAGGUGGGGGUGGUUUGCCAAUGGAGUCUUGGUUGUCUGGUCACUCUUCACGCUGGUCUUCUAUAGUUUCCCGUAUGUGAUGCCCGUUACGAGAAGCAACAUGAGUAUGUCUUAUUCCUCCCUAUGCCGCCCUUGCACAAGAUGGGGCUGACUUCCAUUUUUUGCAGACUAUGUAUCGGUUGUGAUAGCAAUUAUCUCCAGUUACGCGGUCGUAUACUGGUUCGUCCGGGGAAGGAAGACCUUUAAAGGUGUCAAGAGAGUGCAUGAAAUCGAGGCCGCGAUGGAUAUAACGGGGGGUCCAGUAAGUGGUCAUGGGGUCGGGGAGGCCCUCUGGGUGGGGGUUUCUGAGUGUUAACUGGUGAAAAGCAGGUGGGGGUAGUAGUGGGGGUGAAUUCGAUUGAUCAUGUCGAGUGAGAAAAUGUGCCCCCUGGUCUGUCGUCUCAGGCGGGAGAAAAUGAUGGGUGAAUAUCAUACCUGGGUAGCCGGCGCUAGAUUGUGUAACUUUAAUCUUGGUCUCGGAAGGUUUGGUUGAAUACAGCGUAGAUUCUCAU